AUUGUCUGUGGGCUGAUAGACUGUGGCUGGUGUGGAGUAACUUGCAUGGGUUUAUCUUUCCUUGCCUGUUGUCUUCAGUGUACUUGAUAGCAGUCCUUUCCCUCUUAUAUAUUUAAACCUAAAUAAUUUUAUAGCCUUGAAAGACUUCCUAGUGUAUUUCUACACUGCAGGAUCCUGAAGAAUAAUCCUCAACCUUUUGAUAUGGAUGGACUUACCAUCAGAAUUGUGUUCUGAUGUGGAGAUCUUCUUGGCCUUCAAGCAGAACACUGCACUCAAAUAAAUAAAAAAGCAGUGAAAGCGUAGCUUAAAAUGGUGGAAAAUAAGUGCUUAAACAAUGUGUUUGUAAAUCCAGUGACCUGAAUUUCUGGUUCGAUCACUGUGCAUGAAGGCUGGGACAAUAGAAAUGACAGGGUAGGAGGUGUGUGAUCUUAUGAGCCUUCUGUUUUGUCCGGCAUCAGUCUGAGAUGCACAUCUAGUUCAGACCUUACAUUUUCUCCUUUACAGAUUUUAUGAAUAUACUUCUACGUGGGUGAAAAAAUGACAAAGUGGAUCUAUACUUGACUAACUGCAUAAGCUGUCAUGUAUAAUAAGUUAUUGUACCCGUAUUACGAUAAUAAUGGGAUAUUAAGCCAACAUAUUUUGGCAGUGAGUUCUUGUAAUACGUAUGCCCUGUUUUGACGUCUGUAGAGGGAGGAUUAUCUCAGACAGACUUUGUAGUGGGAGGGUGCGAGUGGGAUAAAAGCAAAAGCUGCUUAGUUUUAAUCUUCUCAAAAAGGUAACUAAAAGUAGUGCAUAUGGUUAAAACACGUAUGCUUUUCUUGCUAAUGCCUUUUAAUUGUAGUCUCUUAAAUUUUUAAUGUAAACUCAGCAGUACUGAAACAUUAAUUUUUAUAAGGUUCAGUAUGGACUAAAACAGCUCUCUAUUCUGCAAAUAAGGAAGCCUUAAGGGAUAGCAGGCUCUUGUGUGAAGAUCUGAAGAGAGCCUGAAGAAGUUAGUGUGUGUUUGUGCUGCAGUCACAAUCUGUUCAGUCUUCUGGUGCUUGGUUACAUUGUUUCAGUAUUGUAAUUGUGAACUCGCUUUUCAGUAAGGCAUUCUUCUGUCUUUUGUGCUUUUUUUAGUUCAAAAAAUGGCAUACUGGAAUAAGCACGCACAAAACUCAGUGUUUCAAGAUGUGCAAAAUAACUGACCUCUGUGCAGUUUGCUUUCUCUAGUGGUUUUAUAUUCUUACCUACUCCUCCCUCAUGACCUCCUUAGAGAAAGGAAACUUUGAGCAUCCUGUGAGAUGUCUUAUGUAGGUCUUUCUUCCUUUUCGUAAUCUCAUAUGAGACCUUUGAAACUAGAUUUUGAUUGAAUCUUUCUGGAUGCUUUUCCCACUGAAGUUGCAGGUGUUUGUUUUGUUUUGUUUUUAACUUAUUAAAAGGCUUUUCUAAAUUUAUGAAAGGUUAAUAUCUUACCUGCAUAUUAUUGCUCAGAAGAUGGGUGGCAAAUUCAUGCCGUCCUAAGACUGACUUUUUACUGGAUUGAUGUUCAGGUCUAGUUACAUAUCCUCUACAUAUCCUCUUCCUAUCUCCAAGGUUUUUAUUCUAACAAUAAAAAAAAAAACAACUACUGGCAAUUGGUAUGCAGAAAGACCCACUGUGAGAUGCACAUUGCUCAUAAACAUACAUCAAAUGAGCACAGGAAUGAAAUGUUACUAAUCACCUACUAACAUGUGCUUCAUGAUUUAGAUAUGAUUAGAUUUCUGGUUUAUGACGGAUGCUACAGAGGAGGUGGUGGUAACUUAGUUGUUCAGGGUGGUGGGGAGGAACAUGAAAGCUGAACUGCGUUGGCAUGUACUUGACUGGUACCAGACGUGCCAGCAGGCAACAGCCUCAAAGGUGAGGAAGGAUUUGUUUUAAACAAAUCAGAAUGUCAGCAGUUCAGAUGUUGAACAAACAGUGUAAGUUGGUUCAAAGCUGCUUGAGGCAGAAGGUGGGAUUUGAACAGUGUUUGAACAUAACCUUUAGUCUUGACUUGCUGUGAGGAGUGGAGUCAGUAAGUAAGUGAUGUGUUGAUUCAUGUUUAAGGCUGUAUUUAAAAAUGCUCCAGCUUGAGUGGAAAACUGCAUUUGAAAAUAAAAGCAUAAAUUGUGUAGAAAAAUGAGGAGAAGCGCUAAGUGCCUUGGAGAAGACUUUAAGUGUAAAUUCCAUGCAAGAUUUCUGCUUGCCUGAUUUUUAGAUUCAAGGUAAUUAUACUGGAAUUGUGCUAAAAAAUUGUAGUACGGAUACAAAGGCUGUGCUGUAAAAUACACAUUUUCUUUGAAAUGCUUUUCAGAAUGCCUUCUGUGAUAAAUGUAGGGCAAUAUAUGGUAUAAAUCACACAAGUAUAAAUACAAAUGAAAACGUGAUCAUAAACUGUGUAUUGAUGAAGAUGGCUGAAGGAUGUAGGAACUUUCCAGAAAGAUAUCGGAAAUAUGAUACAGACAUGCUUCAUAUUCUGUUAAAAUCAGGCUACUCUUCAGUGAAAUCUAAGUCGAGUUCGGUUAAGCAAGCAUUUGGCAGAAAGUUUACAAAUCUUAGACAAUAAUGCUUCCUGGUGGAAGGUAGGUAGGUUGUGUUUGUGCAGGAGCAUGUGAGCUUUGACCGUGUAGCUUGCUUUAUGGCCUUGUUUUUAUUUCAGAAUUCAAAGAAAUGCUCUUGUUUUUCUGAAAAGUAUUAGGUGGCCACUGAUUGCAGCUGGCUGAGACAUUUUCUCUUACUCGGAGAAGAAACAGAGUGGGAAGGGGUAUUGUUAGAAUCACUGGGUCUCUGAUUUUAUUUUAUUUUUUUCAAAUGAGAUGACAUCAUUUUAUUGUGCCCAGUCAGUGCCUGAGUCAUUAAUAUAAUGAUUAAUCCUAAGUAGCAAAAAAGAGAGCAUUGUUGCAUUGUGUAGAGCCGUAAUGAAAUAGGAACGUUUUUUAGGAAAGCUUCAACGGUGGAUGGUAAAUGUGUGAUUAUCAUUGAAUGGUUCUGAUGAUUUAGAGCAGGAUUGACAGGCUGCUUCAUAUUGUUUAAAAGGAUGUAAACUGGGCACUGAAAAACUAGAGACAUUUCAUGAACAUAACAGAUUUUUGGAAGCUGAAAUAAUUAGGCUCAUUUGUUCAUGCUACUUGAUAAAGAUGUCCAUUGGAAAUACUGUUCAGAUGUAGUAUUCAGUAACUGUUUGCCAGAUGUUUCAUCUAUAGUUUUUACUGCACUGUUAAAUUUACCAUGUAACAAGAAUGAAGUUGAUUUCCCCCAGAAAGUUGUCACAUGGUUAACGUCUUCCAUUGCGGAGAAGAGAACAAAACACCAUAACUUUGUCUCCAUAUCCACUAUAAUAAGUUUCUGAAUUGCUUAUGCAAUGGAAGAAACUGUACUGUGUUCUCUUCAGGUGAUAGUCUCAGAUGGUUAAAAAAGAGACCCUGUGAAUAUCAUAUAUAUUGUAUUGUUCCAUAUUUGCAUUUUUCCAUAUUUGUUAUGCUUUGUUCACCUUCUUCAUGUCUGUGGCUAUUGUGUUGGCUAACUAAUUGCUCAUGAAUUAGAAGUCUGAAUGCAGGCUUGCAAUUCUGUCAGGUCUUCUGGUUACCUUCAAGGGGAGCUUCAGAUGGGCCAAUAUGUUCUGGAAAAAAAGCCUUCCUGGAACUAAGCAACAAAAAUGGAUGCAAUUAGCUUUCAAAUCGCACAUCAUGUUUAAUGCCAGCACCUAAACCUAAGCCUGUUUUCUUUUAAAGAAAUAAUCAGACUGCCUGCAACUUUGUACUCAAGUGGUCUCUAAUUUUAAGAUGACACCUUUCUGGAGGUUAGUUUGUGCUGCUGCCAUGAUGAUCAAGGGAAAAAACAGGUGUUGCUUUUGCAAAGUGGCAUAGCAGUGCUCCCAGUAUGCUCCCUGUUUUAUUCCUCAUUCAUCUGUUCAGCAGCCAGACAAAUUGACAGUUGUAUGAAGUUUUGUGGGGAGCAAAGAGGAGCAGAAAAUACUGACUAUCCACUAAUGCAUUUGUCUAAUCACCCUUCUGGAGUUAGAUUGCAGGAAAAUUUGCCUCCCUGUCAGUAUGAGCUGAAACAUGAAACAGACCCAGGUCAUAAACAGACCAGUGUAAGAUCAUCUGGAAUUAAAAGAAUAAGGACAGACUUGGGAGCUCAGAUCCAUCUAAGUUGAGUGGAAGGGCAGGUAUGCAGGGGAAAAUGAUUUCUUUUUUACUAACAUCAUCUCAAAUGCUGGGGAGGAUAAAUUGGAUCUGGUGUGGGAAAAUCUGUUUCUUCCACUUACGAGCUUCCCAGCCUAAACCUCUUAUGUGGUCUGUCUAUUCAACUUGACCUCUCUGACUGAUUUCAGUUAGUUUUGAGUGAAUCCCCACAACGUUUACUUCAAAAGUUAAGGCCGACAAGUGUUUUUCAGUAGCAUGCAGCCUCUGACAGUGAAGCAGAGGAAGGUGCGUUUGUGUCCAGAAACAUGUUCAAAGGCUAAUAUUGGAAGUGUGUGCAGGAGUGAGCCUUGUAGUGGGUGGGAGAUUUGUUCAGACAGUUAAAACUGUUAACUAGAAAAUCUUAACUAAAAAAAAAAAGUGUAACAACUCAAGCAAGCUAACAGCUUUACCUUUGUGUGCUUUUUGGAGCUGUAAUGUUAUCUGAUCAGCCUUUGACUGUGAUCUAUGUGUGAUUAAGAUCUCUGCUUGUACAAUUACAAACGUACUGUAUGCAAUUUUAAAGUUUUAAGUUUAAAAUAAUUAAAUUCUGGUGCUUUUUUUUUUUGUAAGAGUUAUUUAAUUGUGUAUGUUCUGGAAUGGUUUUGCUGCCAAUUAGGAUUAAGUUCUGGCUCCGAGCCAUCACAAAUCAUAAGGUUUCUUUCACGUUUUGUAAUAAUGUUGAAAUAGACUUGCUCAGUUUCCUUUUAGGAAGCACAAGCACUUCCUUUGUUUUUGUUUUUACUUUCUCUGCAGCACAGCGAAGUGGAAGUGUGCGUCCUGUCCUGUCUUUGGAUAAGGAAAGGAUUAGGAAUAUGAUGAUAUUUAUGAAGUGGAUGAAGAAGACUUGGGCCUAUGACAGAUUUUCUUAGCUAUUAAAUUCUUGUACCCAUAGAACCCUCACAGUGACAAUACUGACCAGGCAUAUUUGAAACAGAGCUUCUGUUGGAAAAUAAACCUGCAGAUGUAGAGGAGGAAAGAUAAAAGAUGCAUCAAAAAGCAAUUACAGGAAGAAACUCUCAAGUUGCUUAUUGUCUUCUGCAUGGAAGAGACAUCACGUUAUAAAAACCAUUGACACGCGAAGAUGAAAGCAUGAUGAGAAAGCAGAACGAAUAAUAAUGCUUUUCCGAAACCGGUUUCUGUUCUUGCUGGCUUUGGCAGCCUUACUUGCCUUUUUGAGCCUCAGUCUACAAUUCUUGCAUUUAAUCCCAGUGAACCCUAUCAAGGAAGAUGGGCUGAAUCCUAAGAGCCGAAAGAGAAUAAUGCCUGAUUUGCUGACAGAACCUCCUGCAAUAGAUCCUGUUUACGAAGCUCAUGUUUACUGCAAUACUCCUGCCAUUGCUGAACGCAGCAUGGAAGGUUAUGCACCCCAUUACUUUAAGUUAGUGUCAGUUCAAGUAUUGAUUCGACAUGGAGAUAGAUAUCCAUUAUAUGCCAUUCCCAAGACAAAAAGACCUGACAUUGACUGUACGUUGCUGCCUAACAGGAAACCUUCUCAUCCUCAGCUGGAAGCUUUCAUUAAACACAUGUCCAAAGGAUCUGCAGCCCAAAUGGAUGGUACCCUAAGCAGUCUGCCUCGUUACCCUAGUCAUUCUCUUUGUGAAAUGGGAGAGCUUACACAGACCGGUGUCGUACAGCACUUGCGAAAUGGACAACUAUUGCGAGAAAUUUAUAUAAACAAACAUAAACUGCUUCUGAGUGACUGGACGGCAAAACAACUCUACUUGGAGACAACAGGAAAAAGCCGAACCCUGCAGAGCGCGCUGGCGCUGCUCUACACCUUUUUGCCAGAUUUUGACUGGAAAAAAAUUAACAUGAGGCAUCAAUGGAGCACCAUUUUUUGUUCUGGAAGCUGCGACUGCCCUAUGCGGAACCACUACCUAGAAGAGGAACAGCGCAGACAGUACAGUUUACGAGUGAAGAACAAUGAUUUGGAGAAAAUAUAUGUGGAUAUGGCAAAGAUUGUUGGCAUUCCUACCAGGCAGUUGAGAGCUUCUAACCCAAUAGAUUCUCUCUUGUGCUAUUUUUGCCACAAUGUCAGUUUCCCCUGUACCAAAACUGGCUGCAUUGGUAUGGAACAUUUCAAAGUAAUCAAAAGACAUCAGUUGGAGGAUGAGAGAGAAAGACAGGAAAAGAAACUUUAUUUCCUGUAUGCACUGUUGGCUACUCACCCUCUCCUCAACCAGACUGUUAAUCGGCUUCAGCGAAUUGCAGAGGGCAAGAAAGAAGAAAUAUUUGUUCUUCACUCUGCACAUGAUGUCACAUUGUCACCUGUUCUUAGUGCCUUGGGCAUAACAGAGGCCAGAUUUCCACGAUUUGCUGCCAGAUUAGUUUUUGAGCUGUGGCAGGAUGGGAAGAGACCCAAAGAACACUUUAUCCGCAUCCUGUAUAAUGGUGCUGAUGUCACAUUCCAGACCUCAUUUUGCAAGGAUUAUUAUAAACGUUCCAGCAAGCCAAUGUGCCCCCUAGAAAAAUUUGUUAGCUUUGUUAAGAGGGAUAUGUUCUCAGUUUUUAACAGCACUAGUUAUUAUGAUGCAUGUCGUAGAAGACCACUGUAGGGAAGGAAAGUGAAACUGUUAACUUCUGUAUAGGUGAAAGUCUGUAUUCUGGUUGAGGCGCAUUUUAGUUCUGUUGUUUCUUGACAAAUGAUAUUGCUUGGAACAUUCUUCAGUUUCAUUUUCAUUCAAACUGUAGAUGUUCUCCAUUAGAAGAACAGAUAUUGAGGAAGUGUUUUGUCUGUGUUAAUUGUCAUGAAUUGAUAAACCACAUGAGCUACUGUAACGCUGAACUUCCCUUGAUAGACUGAAAGAGCACAGAUUUCAUUUCCCUAUAUUCCAGAGCAAUACUUGGACACCAUGAGUUUAAAAACAAAGCAUUCUUUUUUCACCAUCAUCUAUAAUCAUGUAAGCAGAUGUAUCAGGAUAUUUAUAAAAAGCCAGACAUCUGCUUGUUGGAUAUUCUGGAUGCUCCCUACUCAGAAAACAUUUUAAUAUUUUGGAACAGGACUUUGCUUUAAAGUGCUUGACUAUACCUGAGCAAGUAAAAAUGAGCGUGUGCCUUUUUGACCCCGCAGACCUACAGAUACUUACUUGACUUAUGUUGCCUGUGCCAGAGAAGGGUGUACUGGAAAAUGUGUGCAAAACUCUAUUCUCUGACUGCACUUUUAGCACUUUGAACAGUACAAACACAAUCUACAAAUAUGUAGUAGUCUUGUUAUAUUAAAAUAGAUAGUAAACACUAACAUUACCACUAAGUCUGAGUGGGAAAUUGGGAUUGUAAAUCAGUUUUACAGUGAGGUGUUGGGCUCUUUCCCAUUAUGAAUAUGCUCAAGCUGCCGUGCUAUAAACAAAUCAGUGUUUUUGGAAUUUGAUAUAGUGGCUGCUCGAGACAGCUUGACUAAACACUACGAAUUUUGUAGUUGAUUUUAGUAUUUUUAUGGGCUAGGAAGCUCUUAUUUUGUAUGAUCAGACUUGUACCUACUGCACUGCGUAAAUUUAUGACACAGUAGAUCUUUCAUACUUCAGUUUGUAAAGAGCUGUGAAAGGCUGACUUUUAGACAUUUUUUCCUUGAUCAGGAUGUAGAGACUUAAGAAUAAACUGUCUUUUAUGGGUAACUUGAGCAAUGUGUAGGUAUGAGGACUUGUAUUCAAACUGUUUUCAUCUCUUUAGGAAUAGCAAAUUGAGAAUCAGUUUUUAAUAGAAGCUAUAGAAAUUUUAUAAUCCUGGAGGGGUGGUUUUUUUACACAUCCAGAAAUAAUUUAGUCUGUGACUCGUGACUCAGUGGUGCUAGUUUAUAUUAAAAAAAUAAUAUAAUUAAGCAUAGGUUCUCUAACUGUCGAUAUUCCACUCUCUGUUUUCAAUGCUGCAUUUGAACGCAUUUCUUUGAAUAAAAAUGUAGGGACUCUGUGUGUAUUUGUGUGUUACAUUUAUUCUGACUUCCUUAGCUGUUCGCAGUAACAACCUUAAGUGUAUUUUGUUAAGCUGCUUGUUGCAUUAAUAGCUUCUACAUUGCCUUACUUCAUGUGAUCCUGUUCCAAAUCUGAGAGAGAGCAGGUAAACACUUGAUCAAUAUCAGAUUAGAAUGUGUAACUGCUGAAAAAGUUUUCUUUUAGCCUAAGGGAUCAGUUAGUUGUUGUAUGUGUUUGUUUGCUGGAGGGCAAUCAGGAAGACAAAAUGUGAAAGUUGAGCUCACUUUUUAUAAAUUAUGUGGACUAGACCAUUUGUCUAAAGUAAGUGCCAAGUAGUCCAAAGAGUUCUUCAGUAGUUUGCAAAAGGCAACUAUAGCUCUGCGAAGUGAUAUCUGUUGGAGUUCUGAUGAUCUUUGGUGACCAUUUACUGGAAUCACGCGGAAGUGCAGAAAAUGUCACAGUGUGCCUAUUAUUGGUAUUUUAUAUCUUUUUUUUAUUAAAUUGUGUAGGGAGGAAAAGGAAAGCAAGCUAAUUAGUCUUCUGUAUACGCACAGUUUAUGAAGAUACACUCUUCUGAAAGACUUGAUUCAACUCUAAUGCUACUGGAAGCCCUAACAGAAAGAGCGGCAGGGGUGAGAUCCCUUAUGUAACUUCCUGAGUUAGUUAUGGAAACAAAGCGGUGAGCCAACUGCAUUAUCAAACUCGACUACAAGGUUUUAAAAUUUGACUUAAUUUAUGAUUCAGUUGGCACCUGAGAGUGGAUUUAUAUUUGAACUUAAGUCAUAAAUUUACGUGGGCAAUGGAGAGAGGCAUAUCCUAUAACUGAUGAAUACACUCUCUGUUGGGAUGGAUUGAUGAAUUAGACCUUCCAACUAGGAAACCCUGAUCUGAGCAAUUGCAAGGUUUUACCAAACAGAACAGAAAUAAAUGCUGCUGCUUCAAGGAAUGCUGUUUGAGAGGCUGUUGUUUGAGGCUGUUGUUGCCUUUAAAUUGAUGCAGAAGUGAGACAUUUUGUGCGUUGAAUGCAGUAUUUAGAAACUAGUGUUUAAACAUGUCGAGUACUUGUAGCUGGGUUGAAAUGUGUCAUGUUUUUUCUUAUAAAAUUCAGUUUACAUAUAUCUCAGUGCAUUGCUGAUGUACAGUCUCAUUUUUUGCCCUCUGCUUGUUUCAGUUCUGGUAGGUAUAACAGCUUUAGUUUCAAAUGCUCUUUGAACAUUGGGAAUGUCAAAUGGUUUUGUUUGAGCUGUCAUAUUUAAUGUUUGUAUUUGGGAGUGCCCAAGAAGGCAGUUAAAUGCAAAAUAUUUGCAUGUAAAAUAGCACAGAAAGAAGAUUCUCUUUGAAAAAUGCAUUCUGAGAGUUGGAGAAAAUAAAGAAAUAGGGUGCCA